CUGAGAGCGAAGUGCCCUACAAGCGUCGUUACCGGUUGGAGAUUCCCGUUCCCGUUUCUAGUCCAUUCAACAGCGUGUUAUUCGUCUCCUGUUACAGUAAACUACCAUGAAGGUGUACACGACCAUCUUGCUCGCGGCCAUGGCCAUGCAGGCUGUGCUUGGUGGCGGCGGCGGCGGCAUCACGUUCGACAACGCCGGCAGCUACUCGCCUGGUGGCACGGAGAGCUCCGCUGAUACGUACACGGGGCAGGACGGCGGCAAGACUGGCUUGAACACACCCGUGCCGGCCACUACCCCGGCCUUGACUCCCGCUACUCCUGUGUCGACUCCGGCUACGCCUGUUUCAACUCCGGCCACCCCCGGGUCGACCCCAGCGACGCCAGUGUCGACCCCGGCUGGUACAACGCCUGCACCGACGACCCCGACGUCUGAACUGGGCUCGAGCGCUGGCUCGCACCCGGAGCAGCAGACGCCAACGUCCACGCCUGCUGCCACGACGCCAUCCUCAGAAAAUGGAUCCGGCUCGUCACCUUCCCAGGAGACGCCUUCUACGACCCCCGCUGCCUCUACUCCUACUCCAGGACAGGACAACGGAUCUGGAUCGCACCCGGAGCAGCAGACGCCUAUGAGUACCCCCGGUAUCACAACCCCGACUUCGGAGCUAGGCUCCUCGGAUUCGGACACCCCGUGCCCGACUCUUGAGUACAACUACCCCGCCCCAACACCGGCUGGCUCGACACCGGCGACUGAGCAGGGCAGUGGCGAGGAGGACACUCCGUGCCCGACUCUGCAGUACAACUACCCUCCAGGAACCCCUGGUCAGGAGACCCCAUCGACGGGCUCGGGCUCAUCGCCAAACCAGGAAACCCCGUCCACCCCUCCUGCUCCGACGACGCCCACGGCUGAGCAGGGCAGUGGCGAGAAGGACACCCCGUGCCCAACUCUGCAGUACAACUACCCUCCUGGAACCCCUGGUCAGGAGACCCCAUCGACGGGCUCGGGCUCAUCGCCAAACCAGGAAACCCCGUCCGCCCCUCCAGCUCCGACGACGCCCACGGCUGAGCAGGGCAGUGGCGAGGAGGACACCCCGUGCCCAACUCUGCAGUACAACUACCCCCCUGGAACCCCUGGCCAGGAUACUCCAUCGACUGGUUCCGGUUCGUCACCAUCUCAGGAGACCCCGUCCACCACCCCAGCCGCCUCCACUCCGACCACAGAGAACGGCAACGGCUCUGGAUCGACUCCAAGCCAGGAGACCCCGUCCACUGGGUCUGGCUCGUCUCCUAGCCAGGAGACUCCAUCGAGCACCCCGGUAGCCACCACGCCGACUACGGAGAACGGAAAUGGCUCUGGCUCGACUCCUAGCCAGGAGACCCCGUCGACCGGGUCGGGCUCUUCCCCAAGCCAGGAAACCCCUUCCACCACCCCGGCCGCAAGUACCCCAACCUCGGAGCAGGGAAGCGGAGUGGAGGACACGCCGUGCCCGACUCUACAAUACAACUACCCACCGGGUACCCCUGGUCAGGAGACGCCGUCGACCGGAUCGGGUUCGUCGCCAAACCAGGAAACCCCGUCUACGACACCGGUUCCUUCGACGCCUACGGAUGAACAGGGCAGCGGAGAGUCGGACACCCCGUGCCCGACCCUACAGUACAACUACCCGCCAGCUACCCCUGCUGCCUCGACGCCUACCAGCAACGGAUCGGGCUCUACUCCUAACCAGGAAACCCCGUCGACCGGUUCGGGUGAGGAAGACACUCCGUGCCCAACGCUUGAGUACAACUACCCGAGCCCGACACCUGAUGCCACGACUCCUACUUCAGAAAGCGGAAACGGAUCGGGUUCUUCCCCUAGCCAAGAUACCCCCUCCACGACCCCGGCUGCUUCGACCCCAACGUCGGGCAACGGAUCUGGAUCGACUCCCGGCCAGGAGACUCCCAUGAACACUCCGGCCGCCACCACCCCUGCCCCGGAGCAGUCAAGCUCGGGAUCUCAGCCUAAGCAGCAGACUCCUACUUCGACCCCUUUUGCUACCACUCCGACCUCGGAGCUGGGAUCUGGCUCCACACCAGGCCAGAAAACUCCUGUGACGACGCCUGCCCCGUCGACUCCCUCCCCGGAACAGGGAUCGGAGACCGGAUCGGGCUCGCACCCUGAGCAGCAGACUCCCACGUCGACACCGGCCAUUACCACGCCAACGUCGGAGUUGGGCUCGCACUCUUCGGAGACUGGAUCGGGCUCGCACCCUGAGCAGCAGAUCCCUGUGACGACGCCUGCCCCAUCGACUCCUACCCCGGAACAGGGAUCGGAGACCGGUUCGGGCUCGCACCCUGAGCAGCAGACCCCUGUGACGACGCCUGCCCCAUCGACUCCUACCCCGGAACAGGGAUCGGAGACCGGAUCGGGCUCGCACCCUGAGCAGCAGACGCCCACGUCGACACCGGCCAUUACCACGCCAACGUCGGAGUUGGGCUCGCACUCUUCGGAGACUGGAUCGGGCUCGCACCCUGAGCAGCAGACCCCUGUGACGACGCCUGCCCCAUCGACUCCUACCCCGGAACAGGAAUCGGAGACCGGUUCGGGCUCGCACCCUGAGCAGCAGACGCCCACGUCGACACCGGCCAUUACCACGCCAACGUCGGAGUUGGGCUCGCACUCUUCGGAGUCUGGAUCGGGCUCGCACCCUGAGCAGCAGACCCCUGUGACGACGCCUGCCCCGUCGACUCCUACCCCGGAACAGGGAUCGGAGACCGGAUCGGGCUCGCACCCUGAGCAGCAGACUCCUACGUCGACACCGGCUAUUACCACACCUACUUCGGAGUUGGGCUCGCACUCGACUGAGAAGUCCUCGUCGGGCUCUGGCUCGUAUCCCGAGCAGCAGACACCAACGUCUACCCCAGCCGCUUCAACGCCAACUUCGAAGGAGGGCUCCCACUCGACUGAGAAGUCCACAUCGGGCUCUGGAUCGAUCCCUGCGCAAUCCAGCUCAGGCUCCAGCCCUGCGCAGUCUAACUCCGGAUCGGUAUCAAACCAAUCUGGCUCAGGCUCGUCCCCUGCUACGGAGACCCCUGUGACGGAGACCCCUGCCACCACUACCCCGGCUACCACCACGCCUGCACCGACGACGCCGACCAAGUCUGGCAAGACGGGCAAGACCGGCGCUGGCCAGCCUGAGACUCCAUCCGCUGAAAGCCCUGACGACGACUACACGCAGACUGCUCAGCAGUCGCGCUUCCUGCGCGCGUAAGCACCUCCAACGAGCUCUGGAGAUAUUCGACGGCAACGGAAGCAAGUUCCGUCAAGGUUUUGAUACGGGAAACAGCUUGUUGUAUCUUUGUUCAUGUCUGGCUGAGUAGCGCAGUAGCUCGAUGUGCGUACUAACUCACAGCGAAUACAGAAGCUACUUGACCUUUAAUACUAGUACACAGUAGACUUCAUUCAUUUU